AGCAUCAUCGCCAUGUCGAGCUGCCUCUUCCUCCUGAAGGCGCUUCUUGUUCUUGGGUCCCUGACGUCCUGGGUGACUGCGGGAGAGCAUGUGAAAGAAGGAGAGUGCCCUCCGGACAAGAACCCGUGCCCAGAUCUGUGCCAGGGGGAUGAGUCGUGUCCGGCGGGGCAGAAGUGCUGCCACACGGGCUGCGGUCGCGCCUGCCGAGGAGGCAUUCUGCAGGGGAGAAAAGGCGAUUGUCCCAGGGUUGCUCGGAAACAAUCCUGUUUCCAAAGGUGCAUCACCGACGAGACUUGUCCAGGGACAAAGAAAUGCUGCCGGUUUGGCUGCAACAAGAGCUGUGUCUUCCCGGUCUCUGCACAGAAGCUGGGGCGUGGCGGCGAGUGUCCUGCUGACCCCCUUCCCUGCGAGGAGCUGUGCGCUGGGGACGAGUCCUGUCCCCCGGGGCAUAAAUGCUGCAGCACCGGCUGCGGCCACACCUGCCAAGGAGACAUCAAGGGAGGGCGGGGCGGGGCUUGUCCGCGGGUCUUGGUGGGCCUGUGCAUCGUCGACUGCAUGCUGGACGAGAACUGUCAAGCCGGGCAGAAGUGCUGCAGGUCGGGCUGCGGCCGCUUCUGCGUCCCCCCAGUUCUGCCGCCCCAGCUGGCCGCGGACCCCAACGGGACCGCCAGGGCUGACUCCGAAUUAGAGACCCGGGUGCCCUAGCUGCCCCGAUGUGUCCUGACGGCCAGGGGCCUGUCCUGGAGGCCGGGAGAGGAUGGUGCCCAGGGCCCGUGGUGCUCGCAGGGGCUCUCACUGCCCUCCCCGCCCUCCCUGCUCUGCUUCCGUUCCUGCUGCUGCCCCACGCUCCGCAGAGACAGC